GCUACACCAUGUUCUCUUCCUUUUUUAAUCGCCUUCUGCUCUUCUUUCUACUAUUUUCUCUUGUUUUAGGAGAUAAAGCAUUUACAGGAACAUAUGGGGUAAACUAUGGUAGGAUAGCUGAUAACCUGCCUCCCCCAGAGAGUGUGGUUACCUUACUCAAAGCAGCAAAAAUUAAGAACAUAAGAAUAUACGAUGCUGAUCAUCAUGUUCUUCGUGCCUUCAAAGGGUCUGGCAUUGAAAUUGUGGUUGGACUUGGCAAUGAAUUUCUGACGGAAAUGAGUGUGGGAGAGGAUAGAGCCAUGAGUUGGGUGAAAGAAAACGUUCAGCAAUUUCUUCCAGGAACCAAAAUCCGUGGAAUUGCAGUGGGAAAUGAAAUCCUGGGAGGCACAGAUAUACAACUCUGGGAAGUUCUGCUACCUGCAGCAAAGAAUGUUCACAAUGCCCUAAGUAAGCUUGGUUUAGCAAAAAACGUUCAAGUUUCAAGUCCACAUUCUGAGGCUGUGUUUGCUAACUCUUUUCCUCCAUCCUCAUGCACUUUCAAGGAAGAUGUUCUUCCUUAUAUGAAGCCUCUCUUGCAAUUCUUCUCACAGAUCGGCACUCCUUUUUUCAUAAAUGCAUAUCCCUUUCUUGCCUAUAAGAAUGAUCCACAACACAUUGACCUUAACUAUGCUCUCAUGGAAAAAAGUCCUGGGAUUUACGACGCAAAGACUAAACUGCAUUAUGGUAACAUGUUUGACGCUCAGGUUGAUGCAGCUUAUGCUGCCUUGGAGAAGGUUGGUUUUGGGAAGAUGGAAGUGAUUGUUUCUGAGACUGGUUGGGCUUCUCGUGGGGAUGAUAACGAAGCCGGAGCAACGAUAAAGAACGCAAGAACCUACAAUCUUAAUCUGCGUAACCGCUUAUUGAAGAAGAAAGGAACCCCUUAUAGGCCAAAAAAGGUGGUCAGGGCUUAUAUUUUUGCUUUGUUUAAUGAAAAUUCGAAACCUGGUCCGACAUCCGAGAGAAACUUCGGAUUAUUUAAGGCUGAUGGAAGCAUUGCAUACGAUAUUGGCUUCACUGGACUUGUACCAUCUUCAGCAACUUCAUCUUUAAUUUCCUUCAAGGUUGUUGGAACCUCGUUUGUGCUGGCUUUCACAAGUUUGGUUCCGUUAUUUUUAUAGCAUUGUAAUUAAUUAUGAGAUUAUAAGCUACCUCCUAAUUGGGUUAUUCUUGGAUUCUGUAACAGUUUUCUGUAUUUCAAGUUGUAUAUAGAUGAUUGACUUUCUAUUUAU